CAUUCAUUAAAAUGUUGGCAAAACAUCUAUUAAGAAAGUCUAACACUCAUUCUUCCAGGCUCAGAAAUUUUGGAUUAUUUAGGAAAAAUAUAUCUAAGGUUCAUAAACCAUUGCCAGUCAAUAGUUUAAGAAUUAAGAGAUACUCCCUUUUCCAGACGAGUUUAAGAAAAUUUUCAAGUGAGACCACAGAACAACAAGCUAAGAAUUAUGAAGACCCUGCAGUUCCUCCUGAAGUUAUGGAAAAUUUAAAAGCUCAGGUACAGAAGAUCAGUCAAGCAAUGGCGUUAGGGGAGUAUGCACAAGCUCAGAAGAUGAUUACUGCUUAUAAAGGAGAAUUGGAGAAAUACUUCACUCCAGACCACCCUGCAUACCUCUCCUAUGAGAAUAACCAAGGAGUAUUGUGGCGUAUGAAUGGGCAUUUCCAAGAUGCUUAUGACUUAUUAUUUUCUGUAUACAAUAAGUACUGUAAAUUAUUGACCAAGGCUCAUCCCUCCACUAUAAGUGCUUGUGUAAAUGUAGCCACAGUGUUGAGGGAUUUAGAGGACUACGAUCAGUCUGUCAAGUACUAUGAGGAAGCAAUUGAGAUGAGAAAGCAGACUGUGGGAGAUCAACAUCCUGAAUAUGCAAUGGUCCUUGGCAUGAGCGCAGGAGCAUAUAGGAAGAAAGGAGAUACACAGACCGCUUACAGGAAUCUUAAGGAAGCUUAUAUGGUAAUGGCCAAUCAUUAUCAAGGAGAAGAAUGCAUCCCAUGUGCAGUUAUUCUUAACUCAAUGGGUCUUCUUUUUAAGCACCAGCAGAAAUAUGAAAGAGCUAUAGAUUCUUAUGAAAGAUGCUUAAAUAUCAGAGAGAAGAUUCAAGGCCCUUCUCAUCCAGAUGCUAUAGCAACAAGACAUAAUAUUUCUGAACUUUAUAAUGUCUGGGGAAAGCCUGAGGAAGCCGAGAGUAUGAUUAAAGAAAACCUAAAGUAUAUGGAGGAAUUGAGAGAAAGAGAAGCCAAAGCUAGAGAAAACCAUAGUCAUCAUAAUCACCAUAAUCACUAGCAACUUUGCUAAGUAAUGAAGGAAGCCUUGAUAAAAAUUUCAAUAAAAC